AUGACCUUCAAACCGAUCAGCGAUAUCAUCAACACCCUGGCUCCCAGAGACAGCCAAGAGAUAUACGGAGAACCAGAGAACUUCUUCGAGAUUGAAGUUCGUAACCCAGUGACUCAUAAUCUGGGUGGCAACCCCUACACCGAUUAUGAGAUCGUGUGUCGAACUAAUAUUCCAGCGUUCCGCAAGCGCCAAUCACGGCUUCGUCGGCGAUACAGUGACUUCGUUGCCUUCCGGAAGAUAUUGGAACAAGAGCUGACUAGAGUAAUCAUCCCCCCUCUCCCUGCCAAGAUCAUUUUGACAUCUAACAAAUUCAAUGAUGUCAACAUUGAGAAACGGCGUCAAGGUCUUGAAAAGUUCUUGACAACAGUCUCCUCACACCCCUUGUUACAGACCGAGUCAAGACUGCUUAUUGAGUUUAUCCAAAAUGAUCAGUGGGAUCCGAAAUCUCACGUAUGA